AUUCACACACUUAUUCUAUCAUCUGAAGAAUAGAUGAUCGAUUAUUCAAUACAUCUUUUUAGUGUUGUGAAAUGACGCGUUUUCCAUUAUUGGACUCAGUAACUAGUUGGAUUACAGUAGUUGUGUAGCCAUUUAACUGGUGGAGUUAUUAUUACAGAACUGGUCAAACUGGUGCUGUAAGUAUGACACAACUGAUAUGAAAACUCCUCAAACACGUUUAGGAACUGGAAGCAGUGUAAUAUCAGAGACUGUUCCCUCGGUCACUCACUGCAAAGGAUCUGCAGAGUUUCAGUGUUAAUGUGCAUAACACCUUUAACUGGACAUUAGAGACACGAUGACACGCUUUACUCAAAAAUGUCUCUGGUGGAUUUGGGAAAGAAGCUCCUGGAAGCGGCUCGCUCCGGUCAGGAUGACGAGGUCCGGAUCCUGAUGGCCAACGGAGCUCCGUUCACCACAGACUGGCAGCUGGGCACGUCUCCUCUACACCUGUCGGCUCAGUUCGGUCAUUACUCCACCACUGAGGUCCUUCUGCGCGCCGGAGUGAGUCGAGACGCCCGGACGAAAGUGGACCGGACGCCGCUGCACAUGGCGGCCGCUGAGGGUCACGCGCGCAUCGUGGAGCUGCUGCUCAAGCACGGUGCGGAUGUGAACGCGAGGGACAUGCUGAAGAUGAGCGCGCUGCACUGGGCCGUGGAGCACCGACACACACACGCCGUGGAGCUGCUGCUGCGCUUCGGGGCCGAUGUUCACGCGCAGAGCAAGUUCUGCAAGAACCCACUGGACAUCGCGCUGGACAACAGCUGCCUGGAGCUGGCCGAAGUCCUGCAGGUGGCGAUGCAGAACCAGAUCAACACAAACCCCGAGAGUCCCGAGACUCUGACCAUACACACGUCCACUCCGCAGUUCAUCAUCGGGCCGGGAGGGGUCGUGAACCUCAGCGGGAUCGUCUCGCCGGGACACAGCAGCAAACACACAGAUGAGCUCAUCACUGCGGACACAGUGGACGGGGCCAUUCAGCAGGUCGUGAGCUCUGGAGGUCAGCAGGUCAUCACCAUAGUAACAGACGGCAUUCAGCUGGGCAACCUGCAGACGGGCACGGGCAUCAGCCAGCCCAUAAUAGUCACCAUGCCAGAUGGGCAGCAGGUGCUGACGGUGUCGGACACAGAGGUCGCAGAGGAAACGGUGAUCAGCGACGAACCUUCGUUCAAACGGCAGCGAGUGAAAGAAGAAGACGAGGAUCAGACGAUAGAAACACAGGACAUUCGGAUCCAGCAGACGCUUUCGCUCCAGGACUUCCAGGAGAAAGCGUCUCUUCUGAAGCAGCUGGAGGAGGCGAACCGCGAGGCGCAGAAAUACCGACAGCAGUUCCUGAAGAAGGAGCAGGAGGCCGAAGCGUACCGGCUGAAGCUGGAGGCCAUCACACGGCAGAGCGGGAAGAAACACGCCUAACACACACACACACACUAGACACACUGUGCUUUCUGUGAGCGCAUCAGUGUGUUCAUUAGGGGACGAGCUUUGAGGUCGAGCUUUGUGUCGUGUCCGUUAGUGUUCGCAUCGGUCCUCUUCCUCUUCUGCUCUUGACCCCGUCGAACUGCUUACAGGAAAUGAUGUCAUUUGACAUACAGAUGGAGGACAGUGUCGUCAUUAACUCCCUCUAGCUCCCCCAUUCAUGUUCAUUCUAUUCUAUUAUGCGUUUUCCACCAUUUCGAAUUUUAUAGAAAUAAAAGGAUUAGGUUUAGGGUUCAUGUCAUCACAAGCAUGAACUGAGGACACUAGCGCCAUCUACGGCUCAGGAGAUAUUUUUGCUCUUAAUUUCUGAACGGUAUGCCCAAAAAUCAUAAAGUCUCUUUUAGGUCAGUGCAACACACCGAGUCAAUUAUUGCAUGUCAACUAGUUUAUUUUUGAAUUUUGUCGUAAAAUACUGUAAGUUAGCGUAUCGUUGCUGAACCCGGUGUGUGUGUGUCAUGGCCUGAGGGGACUCAAAAAGUUUUGAAAGAUUAUCUACAAACCAUUCCAGCAAACACAUAUUACAAGUUCAAUGAAAUUGAUAGCAUGAUGCCAAAAUUAUUGAGUGUGUUAUUGUCCUCACACUGACCCACAUCAGUUUGGUCACAGCGCCACCUAUUGGUCAAAAGUCAUAACGAUUAAAUCACAUUGAUUGUAUUUGUGAUUUUUUUCCAGCUAAAAUAAAAAAUCUCUAAUGCCU